AUGAGCAAGUCGAGACUUCAAGCGAAGUGGCGAAACUUUUUUUGUAUGUUGGACGAAGAUGGUGACGAGCAGAUUACAGUGGAAGAUUUUGGCCUAAAGGCUCAGCGGAUCAUAGACAGUUACGGACUGGAAGAGCUGCUCAGAGUGAGGUGCACACAGAUCCUAUUGAGGUGGUGGCACAUCUGCCAGGAUCUCCUUGGAGAUCCGAAACCCAAGAAAGUCUCCAAACAGCAGUUUGUGGAAAUCUUGAGCAAGCUUUACUGCACUGACAAAGAUAAACUGGAGCAGACUAUGAGGGAAUUGAGCAUGUAUCUAUUCGAUCUGAUGGACGCGGAUGGGGACGGGUCGAUUACGUCGGACGAACUAGACAAGAUGAACAAAUGCUUAGGGAUGAAGAACAGCUCACUGAACGCCGCCAUCUUUGACGCCUGGGACGAGGAUCAAGACGGUGAAAUCUCGCGACAGGAGUAUUCAACAGGCAUGAUAGCUUAUCUGACCAGUAAUGACCCACAGAAUGACUAUGGCUUUGUGUUUCAGUAUGAGCAAAACGUGAUCCACAACAAGAGAAGAUAA